AUGGGGAGUGCACUGUUUCGUUGGGAGGCCUGUGAGGCUGACGCAGGGGUUGAUACCUUUACUUUUCUCGUGGAAGACUCAAACGCGCCCCGGUUUCGUCUCAAGCAUGUGGCUGUGGGUCACGCGCAGGACGCACAGUCAUGCGAGUUUCGCUUUUACUCUAGAUACGUCUUCCUGGAGGUCUUCACGGCGCUGCAGCUGAUGCUUGCCAUUUUCACCGUGUACCUGUUUAACUACCUGGGAACGGUACGCCACUACUACGCCCCGCUCCUCGGUCUGGAGCACGAGCAGGAAAUUGCCUCCUCCGCCUCCUCGCAGGCGUUGAAGGUGCGUAUUUCGCACCGGCGCGAGGUAUUGGCCCCGUUCUACUUGUCUAUCGUUAUACUCGGGAUAUGUUUUACGGUGUUUGUGGCUGCCUACGUUGUGGUGAUAAACAGCGCGUGGUGGGUGUCGCUGGAGCUGGCACGCUGGGAGCGCGACCAGCGGAACCGCAUGCGGCACGAGACGUCGCAGCACAUCCCCGCAUUGCGUGCCCUGCAGAACAAGGACGAAACUGUACGAUACGACUCUGAAAGUAUCAACUGUCGCCUUCGUCGCCUUGGCGUCCGCUGGAUCUCGUGUACACGGCCGUACUACGUCUUUCCCCCACGCUACCUUUCUGACUUUGACUAUCGACAUGCCCUUCAUGCACGAUUUGGGGCUAACUUCAGUCGCCGAAGUCCAAAGGGUAUUCUUUUUCUGCUCACGUCGCCCUUUGUGUUAGUACUCACCGUCAUUGAUAUUAUAACCGUCGACGAGAUGCGGGUCACCGGAGUGCAGGUCUCGCUGCUCCAAGGGGUGUCACUCGUGGGCGGUUUGCUGCUUCUGCUGCCUGUCGUUUGGCAUGCUUGCACAAUGCUGUUACGGUGCUGGAGGACAUGCCGCAGAGCCUUACUGCGUCAACUAUAG